UUUGUUGCCAAUCGGGUCAAAGCAGCCUGGUAUAGUCAAGCAGCCAACUAAGAACUUAAGCUCUUAGUGAUAAUAAAAAAAUGAAAAAAAAGGGAGAGAAAAAUAUAAUAUAGGUAUGAUUGGGUCUCUAAGAAGGAGCCGUUGACUCACUACCAACCAUUCAACCCAUAAGCAACUACCUCUUCCAUCCACGCCCCCUCACUCUCCUACCAAACACAAAAUAUUGACAAAUCCAAACACAUGACAUCACAAUACUAUAUUAACAUGGCAUCAAUGAGAUCAGAAUUAAUGCCAAAUUCCUAGAGUUAGAGACACCUCUUCCUAACCCAAUACUCUCACAAUCCACAAGUUUUUUUUAAGAAGUUCAGGGUUCAGGGUUUAAUACUAUGGCGGUGUCAACUCCUCCUUCUUUGGCAUUGAAGGUGACAAGGCAAGAGCCGGUGCUGGUCGUCCCGGCUAAACCUACACCACGCGAGGUCAAACAGCUCUCCGACAUCGAUGACCACACCAGUCAAAGGUUUCAUAUUCCAAUGAUACAGUUUUAUAGGCACAAUCCUGCCGCAGAAGGGAAGGACCCUGCGAAAGUGAUUAAGGAGGCACUUGCACAAGCACUUGUGUUUUACUACCCUUUCGCUGGUAGGCUUAAGGAAGGCCCUGACGGGAAGCUCUCGGUGGAUUGCACUGGGGAAGGCGUCUUGUUCAUUGAGGCUGAUGCAGAUGUCACGCUUGAUCAGUUUGGAGAUGUUGUUCUGCCCCCAUUCCUUUGUGAGGAGGAACUUAUUUAUGAGGCUCCUAAAUCCCAAGGGCUUUUUGCUUCCCCUUUGUUAAUUAUUCAGGUGACUCGCCUGAAGUGUGGCGGCUUCGUACUAGGAUUGAACCACAACCAUGCCCUCGCUGACCUAAAAGGGCUAGUCCAAUUCUUGACGGCGGCUGCCGAGAUUGCAGCUGGCGCAAGCACCCCCUCCGUCCUGCCCGUGUGGAAAAGGGAGCUCCUCAAUGCGAGGAACCCGCCGCAAGUAACAUGCACUCACCGCGGCUUCAACCCAAUCCCGGCCCCCGCCGGCCCGCCCCCUCAUGUUGAAACGACUCACAACUCUUUCCUCUUUGGGCCCGCCGAGAUCUCCGCGCUCCGCAGGCUAUUGCCACCCCAGCAACAAAAGUGUUCUGACUUCGAGCUCCUCACAGCCUGCGUUUGGCGCUGCCGUACGGCUGCAUUACAGAUCAAUCCCGAGGAUGAGGUGUACAUGAUACUCGUCGUGGACUCGCGCCCCACGUUCAACCCUCCAUUGCCGACCGGCUUCUACGGCAGCGCGCUCGCCUUCUCCACCGCCGUGACGACGGCGGGGGAGCUGCGCCAGGAACCGCUGGAGCACGGGGUGGAGCUGGUGAGGAAGGCGGCGGCGGACGUGUCGGAGGAGUACAUGAGGUCGUUUGCCGACUUCAUGGCGACAAAUGAUCGGCGACACUUCACUUUGGUGAGAUCGUACGUUUUGAUGGAUUUGAGGGGCGUUGGAUUCGAAGAUGUGGACUUUGGGUGGGGCAAGCCCGCCUAUGGUGGGGCCCCCGGGGCCAUGCAUGGGGUUUCGAGCUUCUUCAUGGGGUUCAGGGACGGUAAGAGUGGAGAAGAAGGGCUUGUGGUGCCCAUUUGCUUGCCUGUUCCGGCCAUGGAGAGGUUUGUGAAGGAGUUGAAUUCUUUGUUGGGAUAAGUCAAAGAUAACGACACAGUUGUAUUGGCUUAAUUUCGUUUGUAUUUUUUUUUUUUUUGGAAGGGUUCUAAAGUCCAAAUUAGUGUGCUGAAUAAUGCCAGCGCUAGCUGCAACGUGUUGGACUUAUCAAAGUUGGAAAAGAAAAGAAAAAAAAAAAAAAAUUGACACAAGAAAGCUACAUGUCGUUUUAUAUUGAUUUGAAACAACGACAUGUUUCCACGCUUGUGUCCUUCCUCUGUUUCGAAAAUGAAAUGACUUGUCGUUUACUGGAUCCACACAAUACAAUGUCGUCUGUUAUCAGACUAAAAAGGACAUUUCAUCUACUCAAUAAGUGGAGAAGGGCUGUUUUCUAAUUUC